CCGCGGAGGAGGAGGGAAGGGGUGGGCGUGGGGGUGCCUUGUGGGCGACGCGUCCGGGGCUGACCGUCCCUGCUCUUUCCUUUCUGCCCAGGCGAUGCGAUGGAAAUACGGCAGCGAGGGGCGGGCUCUGCCGAUAGUCUGCUGACGGCCUGAUGGGCACGAUUUGAACUCUCGGAGAGGUUCGGAUAGAGCGGCGGCGGCCGUGCACGUCGUACGGCGAGCUGGAACAGCAUGAAUGCUUCGGUUCACGCCCCCCUGGAAAAUAUUUCCCGUCGCCUGAAUUUUUCGGAGAAUUCGCAGGUCUUACAGUUUGAAGAUGAGGACUGCCAUGUUCCUCUGGCCAUGGUCUUCACUUUGGCCUUGGCUUAUGGGACUGUGAUAAUUCUGGGAGUCUCUGGGAAUCUGGCUCUGAUUGUAAUUAUUUUAAAACAAAAGGAGAUGCGCAAUGUUACCAACAUCCUCAUUGUCAAUCUGUCCUUUUCCGAUCUUUUAGUGACCAUCAUGUGUCUUCCCUUUACCUUUGUGUAUACUUUAAUGGACCACUGGAUUUUUGGGGAGGCCAUGUGCAAAUUGAAUCCUUUUGUGCAAUGUGCCUCGAUCACCGUGUCAGUCUUUUCUUUAGUCCUCAUUGCUAUCGAGCGCCAUCAGCUGAUCAUCAAUCCCCGUGGCUGGAGGCCCAACAACAGGCAUGCCUACCUUGGGAUUGCAGCCAUAUGGGUCUUAGCCACGGCCUCUUCUCUGCCCUUCUUGAUCUAUAAUGUGUUAACGGAUGAACCCUUCAGAAACUUAACAUUUGAUGAGUAUAAGGACAAAUACGUGUGUUUGGACCUGUUCCCCUUGGACACUGCCAGGCUUUCUUACACCACAACGCUUUUGGUGAUUCAGUACUUUGGACCGCUUUGUUUUAUAUUUAUUUGCUACUUAAAGAUAUACAUACGACUAAAAAAAAGGAACAACAUGAUGGACAAGAUGAGAGACAGUAAGUACAGAUCCUCUGAAACCAGACGGAUCAACAUCAUGCUGAUCUCAAUAGUUGUCGCAUUUGCAGUUUGCUGGCUGCCUCUCACCAUCUUCAAUAUCGUGUUUGAUUGGAACCAUGAAAUUUUGCCCGUGGCUACCUGCAGCCACAACCUCCUGUUCCUGAUUUGCCACCUCACUGCAAUGAUCUCCACCUGCGUGAACCCCAUCUUCUAUGGUUUUCUCAAUAAGAACUUCCAAAGGGACUUGCAGUUUUUGUUUCAGUUUUGUAAUUUCCGCUCCCAUGAGGAGGAUUAUGAGACUAUAGCCAUGUCCACCAUGCACACAGAUGUUUCAAAAACCUCUUUAAAGCAGACAAGCCCAGUUGCAUUUAAAAUAUUAAAUAGUGAUGAUGAUGACAAAAUAUAAAGAAGUAAUAAAAAAUCUACACCAAACUGCUGAAAGUGUGAUCACAGGUGAAAUGUGUCCAAGGAAAAGCACAAUUACAUAACAAGUACAAAAUGGGUAAAGUUUUUAAUCUUUUUCCUAAGAACUUUGAUUGUUGUCACUUUGAAGCUAUACACUCUGCAAUUUCACCCCUUUUACUGCUUCAGUGUUCACAGCAGUUAUAUCUGAAUCAUAUUAUAAGGCAUAGUCAAACCUGCUACUACCUAUGGUUUUCAUCAGCUGUCUUUUGUUCUGUUUUCUUUGUACAGUUAUGUGCUUUACCACAAAGAUGUAUUUGUUCGUUUUUUUUUUCAAAGAAGUAGUUUUCAGGAGUGUCUGUCUAAGACCAUAAGAAACAAUAUGAACUGCAGGGAGGCUGUCACUACAGAGGACACCCACUCCAGCAUAAAAUUGGGACAUCGAAGAGUUUUUCUUUGUUGUAAAUUUUUUUUUUUAAUCCAUCUUUUGAUCGAUGUUAAAAUCCUGUAAAAUCAGUCUAGGCACACAGAAAAUGAUUCUGUGAAACCUGUAGAAUAUGUUAAAUGGGGACAAGCAUUUGUCUCAUUCGUAGUGGCAAUUCAGGCUGUAAUCACUUAGGAUUAAGAGAGAAAUUCUGUUCUCAUUUACAAAAAUAAAAUCCUACAGUAAUUCCACAGUGCGCAACGGGAUAACUCUGAUAUUUCACCACAGCAGAUGAAAGCACAAAUGGGCCUUCAUUCCCAACUGAUUACAGCUGAUUUUAAUAAUACAGACUUUUUAGUUUUAAAAAAGCCAAACCCCAUUUUCAUUUGUCAUCACUGAGAGGAGUUAUUGUUUUUGGGAUGAAAUGUACUGUCCAUCCCAAGUUUAUGAAUAGUAUAAAUUCUCCUUUAGACCUAUGUCUAAAGAAUCUAAAGGGAGAUUGGACUGUUCAGUGAAAAUCAGGUGUAGUAUUAAAAAAAUAAGAUUUGUCUACUUGAGUAUUUUAAUAAUAAU